CGCGUUCACGCAGCAUCAACGCUCGACUUGAACUUGCCGAGAUCGUCGCUGCGCCGGUCUCGCGAUCAACCGUCUCGAUCGCGGCAAAUCUAAUCGCAACUCGAGAUCGAUAGAGUACACGUUCACGUCGUCGUCAACUUGGCACGAGUCGGGUCACUGCGCUGUUGUUUGCGAACGACAACCGCCCUGACGAGCGCGAGUCGACGUGUGACGACGCUCCGUCGUCGGCAAUGUAACAGCUUGAUUAUUGCGGACUUAACCCGGUCAUCAGGCAGCCGUCCAACAGCCGCGCGCUCCCUCACUCUCCGCUUCUCGCUAUCUGAUAGGCGAAGUGACGCGAUGUCACGUUUAGCGGUGCGUCGUUCGGCGUUCUUGCGUAUCCGCUCUCGGUCUCGCGGCCGCCAGUAUGUCGACACGACGCAUGAGUGGAGGAUCGUGGAGAUGACAGAUCCCAAGAUCGAGAUGCACUACACACCGCCAACAUCGGACACCAUCCAGACGAAGCCAUUCCCGAUACGAGGUGAACGCGCGAAUUUCGUGAACAAGCCUCAUGUGAUCGCAAUGGUUGGAUUACCGGCACGCGGCAAAACUUACAUAUCCAAGAAAUUGUGUAGGUAUCUCAAUUGGAUCGGCAUAAGCACGAAGGUCUUCAACUUGGGCGAGUACAGACGACACGCCACUACUGCUUAUCAAUGCCACGAGUUUUUCCGUCCCGAUAAUAUAAAAGCCAUGGCGAUACGCACUCAGUGUGCGAUGGACGCCCUGAACGAUGUUUGCCAGUGGCUGGAGAGCGGCGACGGCGAAGUCGCCGUCUUCGACGCCACCAACUCCACCGUGGAGAGACGCCAGCUCAUACGCGACAUCGUCGUCCAUAAGAUGGGUUUCAAACUCUUUUUCGUCGAGUCGGUAUGCAACGAUCCGGAGAUCGUCGAGCAGAACAUCAUGGAAGUAAAAGUUAGCAGUCCGGAUUAUGCGAACAUGAACAAGGAGGAGGUGCUCGCGGAUUUCAUGCUGCGAAUCGAGCACUACCAGGAGAGAUAUCGGCCGUUAGACGAGAAUCACGAGAGUGACCUGUCGUUCAUGAAAAUAUACAACACCGGCGAGAAGGUGCUAGUCCAUAAGCACGAAGGCCAUAUACAAAGUAGAAUAGUUUACUAUCUUAUGAAUAUUCAUAUUGUGCCACGCACGAUUUACUUAACCAGGCACGGUGAGAGCCUGAUGAAUCUCGAGGGCAGGAUAGGCGGCGAUUCGGACCUGAGCGAUCGUGGACGCGAAUAUUCCAAGGCACUGGCGAACUUCAUCGCCAGCCAGGAUAUACAGGGCCUGAGAGUGUGGACUAGCUGGCUGAAGAGGACCAUUCAAACUGCAGCGGACGUGAAGGCGCCACAGGAAAGGUGGAAGGCUCUCAACGAGAUCGACGCCGGUAUUUGUGAAGAAAUGACAUAUGAGAAAAUCGCCGAGAAGUAUCCUACAGACUUCGCCGCGCGAGAUCAAAACAAGUUCUCGUAUCGUUAUCCAAGAGGUGAGAGCUACGAGGACCUUGUAGCGCGCUUGGAACCUGUGAUAAUGGAACUGGAACGUCAGGGUAACGUCUUGGUCGUCAGUCAUCAGGCGGUGCUGCGUUGCUUGCUCGCUUACUUCCUGGAUAAAAGUGCAGAUGAAUUGCCGUAUCUGCAGGUACCUCUGCACACCAUUAUUAAACUAACGCCGGUUGCUUACGGCUGCAAAGUGGAGCACGUUCGGCUACCGAUAGAAGCCGUUGACACCCACCGGCCGAAACCAAAGAGCGCCUGAUACCGUUAGCCGGUUAGUGGAACGGACCGUUUUCUUGUACCUAAUCGAAACCCUACUGUAGAAUCACCUGCAUCCGCUCAAAAACAAACAGCUUUUGUAAACUAAAAAUUCGUCGCAUGCAAUUUCCCAAGUGUGGAACUGAGAGACUUUCUCGUGUCACUCUUGUGUCCCUCCUGGCUCAAAAGUUUACUCUUUCGGAUUCCAAAAGAGCUAUGUUGUUUGUAGCACGAGAUUUCUCGUGGGGAAUUAAUGUGCAUUUAUAGUAACUGUGUGCCAUUUCCUGAUAUUUAUAAGAAUCAAUAUUAUGACGUUAUUAUGAUACUAAAAUGACUAUUGUAUUGUGUCUUAAGCGUGUUUACACAGCGAUACGUGAUGAUUGUUUUAUUGUCUGUAUUCGUUCGAUCAAUAUUAUCCAUUCUUGUGCAAUGAUUCAAUGCUGUUUUGUAGACGAUUGUACGAUGACUAAGUAAUACGCUUUCUAAAGAUCAUUAUUUUUAUACUGUUAUUUUUGUCUAGAAAAUUGUUUAUACAUCCUCGAUUUAGUGAGGUAUCAUUAAUGAUCUGAUGAGAGGUCACUAAUGACCGCGUGAUGUAAAGGUCGUUCAAUUUGUAGCAUCUGAUUCCAAUUGUCCUAGCACUUUCAAUAAAAACCUUUUCGCAGAAAA